CAACAAAUACAUUAGGACAUAAAGCCAAGCAUGUAAUGUCGAUGUAAUACAGUUGCAAUUUUACUAUCAAUCAGUUAUUUGAUUAUGUAGAUAAGAAAAUGUGAUACUUUACUGUUAAACGCGUUGCAGAAAGGUCGUAGGAGACAUGUAUGCUCAUUCUAAAGUGAAACACAUGUUUAGAUGAAGAUGUGGAGGACUGGACUUGUCUGGAGAAGAUGCACUUGCAGACUUCAUACCACCUGCUCUCCAAAAGCAUCCAAUAUCCCCAGACCACAAGCUGAAAAACAAAAACGUAAAAGGGAACGGGAAAAAGCCAUUUUAACCAGUCAGUCUACAAAAAUUGAGGGACUGAAUUGGACUGAGAAGGAGAGAAUUGUAUAUACAGCCCAAACUCCACCUGGAGCGAAGAAAGAUACCAGUGUACCUUACCCUGCCGCCUACAGCCCAGACUAUGUGGAAUCCAGCUGGUACCAGUGGUGGGAGAAGGAGGGGUUCUUCAGACCGGAGCACCAAGAGAAUGUACCCCAUGCCGUGGAGUGUGUCUUCUCCUUGUGUAUUCCUCCUCCAAACGUGACUGGCACUCUGCACCUGGGCCACGCUCUGACUGUGGCUGUGGAGGACGCGCUGGUGCGAUGGAGGAGGAUGCAGGGCCACAGGGUGCUCUGGCUCCCCGGCUGUGACCACGCGGGGAUUGCAACACAGACUGUGGUGGAGAGGAGACUGCUGAGGGAAAGGGGGAAGAGGAGACAAGACCUGAGCAGAGAGGAGUUCCUGCAGGAGGUGUGGAACUGGAAGAAUGAAAAGGGAGAGGAGAUCUACCAUCAGCUGAGGCAGAUGGGAGCCUCACUGGACUGGACUCGAGCCUGUUUCACCAUGGACCCGUCUUUCAGCAGAGCAGUGACAGAGGCAUUUGUGCGCCUGUGUGACUCUGGACUCAUCUACCGCUCUGAGGCUUUGGUCAACUGGAGCUGUGCCCUGCAGUCGGCCAUCUCUGACAUAGAGGUUGACACAAAGGAGCUAUCUGGGAGGACACUGCUGCCUGUGCCUGGUUAUGAUCGACCCGUGGAAUUUGGGACAAUGGUCACGUUUGCUUAUCCCAUAGAAGGCCAUGAUGGAGAGGUGUCAGUGUCCACAACUCGUCCUGAAACUAUGUUAGGAGACGUGGCUAUUGCGGUGCAUCCUGAUGAUCCAAGAUACCAGGCAGUGCAUGGGAAACAGUGCAGACACCCAUUCACAGGCGCUCUCCUGCCAAUUAUCACUGACACUAUAGUAGACAUGCAGCUGGGGACAGGUGCUGUUAAAGUGACCCCUGCUCAUGACCAUGCAGACUUCCUCCUCUCUCAGAGACACUCCCUGCCUCGCCUCACUGUGAUUGGGGAGGAGGGCACCAUGAUUCCUCCCUGUGGACACUGGCUGCAGGGCGUGAAGCGGUUUGACGCAAGGCAGCAGGUGGUGGAUGCUCUGGUGGAGAAGAAGCUGUUCAGAGGGAAGCAGGAGCACAGCAUGUCUCUACCCAUCUGCAGUCGAUCGGGGGACGUCAUCGAACCGCUCCUGAAAAAGCAAUGGUUUGUGCGAUGUAAAGAGAUGGCAGCUAAAGCAGUGCAGGCUGUUGAAGAUGGAGAACUAGAGAUCAUCCCUCAGUUUUACACUAAAACAUGGAAGAACUGGCUCUCCAACAUCAGUGAUUGGUGCAUUUCAAGGCAGCUGUGGUGGGGACAUCAGAUCCCAGCCUACAGAGUGGAGCUGCCCAAUUCCUCUGACAAACAUGAGCAUUGGGUUUGGGGCCGGAGUGAGCAGGAGGCCCGUCAUAGGGUCUCUGUCAAAUAUGGAGUCAAACCUGAGAUUAUCACACUAACACAAGAUCCUGAUGUUCUGGACACUUGGUUCUCCUCUGGGCUUUUCCCCUUCGCCAUGUUGGGCUGGCCUCAGCAGACUAAAGACCUGGAGCAGUUCUAUCCAAACUCGCUCCUGGAGACGGGCAGUGACCUGAUCUUCUUCUGGGUGGCCCGCAUGGUGAUGUUAGGGACUGAGCUGACCGGACAGCUACCAUUUAAACAGGUCCUGUUCCACUCCCUGGUUCGAGACAAACACGGGCGGAAAAUGAGUAAAUCUCUGGGCAACGUUAUUGACCCACUGGACGUCAUCCACGGCACAUCUCUAGAGAGCCUCCAGCAGAAGGUCAGGGCCGGAAACCUGGAUCCCCGGGAGCAGCUGGUUGCCAUGGAAGCACAGAACAAAGACUUCCCAAAGGGGAUCCCUCCAUGUGGGACCGAUGCAUUGCGCUUGGCCCUCUGCUCCCACAGGACCCAAGGAGAGGACAUAAACCUGUCCAUGUCCCAGGUCCUGAGCUGCAGACACUUCUGUAAUAAAAUGUGGCAGACUGUGAGGUUCACUCUGGGGGUGCUGGCCAAUGGGACUACAGUGGAAACUCUGGAAAAGUUGGCUCCCCUGGGCAGGAUGGAGCGCUGGGUCCUGUCGCGGCUCUACUCCACUGUGCUGCAGUGUGAGCAGAGCUUUGAGGCUUACGAGCUCCACGCUGUUACCUCAGCCCUGCACGCCUUCUGGGUCAGCUGCCUCUGUGAUGUCUAUAUGGAGUACAUGAAGCCCCUGUUGUCCCCGCACAAAGAAAUGACAGAGGAGAUGUUGGGGACAGAGGGGACCGUAGCCUGUAGCAUCCUGUUCCACUGUGUGUCCACGUCCCUGGCCCUGCUCAAUCCCUUCAUGCCCUUCAUCACGGAGGAGUUGUGGCAGCGCCUGCAGCCUCAUCAUCCUCCCUCCUCCAGAGCAGCUCAGCCCAGCCUCUGCCUGCAGCCCUACCCCUCCUCACAACAGCUGGCGUCCUGGUACUUUCCUGAUGAGGAGAGGGACUUCUCGUGGGUGCAGGAAGUGGUGAGGGUGGUGAGGGCACUGCGAGCUCAGAGCGGACUCACCAAAGACAGACCUGCAAUGUGGGUGGAGUGCUCCUCAUCGCAGGCUCAGAUCCUCCAAGACUUCAGCUCCCCUCUCAGGACCCUGGGCCGUGUGUCCAGUAUCCAGUUCCUCUGUCUCCCCACACAAGGAGGAGACAUGUCCCUGCCCCCCUCCCUCUCCGGUCCCCCUAAAGGCUGUGUGGUAGGAGUGGUCGACCACACAUGCAGACUGCACCUGGAGGUCAAGAGUGGAGUAAAUGUGGAGAAGCAAAUGGUUGAGCUCUCCCAACGCAGAGACAGACUCAGACCCAAACUAGAGGAACUCCUCAGUCGGGUCCACUCCCAGGACUCCCACACAAAAGUCCCCCCACAUGUCAGAGACGCGCUCACCAAGAAGGUGUCAGCCCUGGAGCAAGAGCUAAAGAACACAGAGGAGCAGCUACACCAGCUGGUCCAGCUCAGCCAGGACCACACACAACAAUCACAACAAUGAGUGUGUAUGUAUGACAGUAUGUAUGACUGUGUGUGGGUGUGUGUGUGGGUGUGUGUGGGGUGUGUGUGUGUGUGUGUGUGUGUGUGUGUGUGUGUGUGUGUGUGUGUGUGUGUGUGUGUGUGUGUUUCAGACAAACUUGUAGUAUGUCUGAAAGUAUGUUUGAAGCUCCUCCACUGUUUACUGUGCUCCUCUGCUUAAAGGACUGUACUGUAUCUUUGGAUCUCAUAGUCUAUUAUAGCACUGCAUUGUCUUACAUCUCUUUGCAUGUGGUAGGCUGCUGUGGUCUAACAAAUGGAGAGUUAAUGCUUCCUCUAUGAGUGCAUCAUAAUUCAUUUAUUUUUUAUUGAAUACACAAGUGCAUAGGAAACUGUGCAAAGAAUCAUUGCAAUAAGAAGGAAUGAUUAAGUUAACAAUUUUGGAAAAUGUAUACUCAAAUUCAAAGUCACAAACAUAUUGUUUUUCCAUCCAUAAAUGAUUGAGUGAUAAAACAUGAAAUACCAAUACAUGCAUAUAAGCGAGUAUUUAAACACCAAAAUGACAUCUCAACAAUUUGUCGUAAAGGACACAUAUUGUGCAAAAUGUACUUUGCUGAGCUUUUUUACCAUGUUACAACGUUUCCACAUCAAAAACAUCCCUAAUGUAAAAUUUUGCUUCAUUCACUUAUGUUAUAUUCCUGUUUAGGAGGCCUUCUUGCUCUGAGCCUCAGAAAUCGCUAAAUUUUGACUGGAUUGUGAUGUCACUGGUAAAAGUCCAGAGGUCUGCUCUGCUUUUUAAAGCUUAUAAACUUCUGAGCAUGUCUGCUGCCAAAUUGUCUUUAUUACAACUGAGGUAAUUUUCAUUAAUGUCAGUGUGGUCUGUGGACCGACACCAGUGCACAGUAGAUUUCUUUGUGUACUUUACUUUUGGGUUAGCUUUGUUCACAUAUAUGCGGGGGUCUUUUCUUCCACUUGAGGCUAAACACACCGGACUGUACGUGCUGGUGGCAAAAGAGGAGAAAAAGGUUUUGGAAUGACAGGCCCAGUUCUCACCAGCGCAGACAGAGGCAGGAGGAGACUGUCGCUGAUAUUAAGUUGAUCCAAAUUCCCUCGUCAGACGAACGUGUCAAACAGCAGCAGUGUGAAAAUGACCUGAGUGCUGCUCAUGUUGC